AUGUACUUGGCAAAGAAAGAGCUUAAGCGUCUCAAGAAAGCAAAGAAAUCCGGCAAGAAAAAGGCAAAGAAACAAUACAAAGCAGCAAUGAAACUUCAAGCCGUUGUUCGUACAUUCCUGUGGCGUCCGAAAUUUCGAAAGAUGCUUAAGGAGAAGCGCGAGAAGGAAAGUCUACGAAACAAAAUUAAAAAACUCGAGAUUGCGGUGAGAGAGGCUGAAAAGCAGCGGCAGAGAGAAGUUGACGAGGCCCGAGAGGCAGCUGAAGUGGAAAUGGAACAGUAUCGAGCCAAAGUGAAGUCGGAGCUCGCGAACGAUAGAGAGAAACAAAAGAGAAGCGCACAGCAGCAAACUCUAAUCGACGAAAGUGGAAAGAUCAUUGAAUAUUUACGAAAGGAAAAUAUGAAAUUACGAACCCAGAACGACACAAUGCGCAAGGAUUUCAAGGGGCUUAAAGAGAACAAUUCGCGUCUCAUGGAAGCGAACGAAUCCGCCGGCGCCUCUUUCACUGCCCUAAAUGAUCACGCCAAGCAGCUGAACGUUGUCAACGCGAAGCUCAUCAAGAAUGUUGAAGCAUACAAGGGGCAGUUGGAAAAGCUCAAAGAUGAUCUGAAAACACGCCAAGCCUUUUACUUGGCCGAGGCAGAAGCACGGCUGGCAUAUCAAAAAACGAUGGCCCAGAUAGUUGGAGCAAUCCAGGACAAGUGCAGAGACGCUCAGCUUGUCGAAGAUGUUGUCAUCAUGGCUUUAGAAUGCGAAGCGGAGGCCAAAAGUGAAAGAGCCGCACUGGAGGCAUCGUCGACGAAAGGUCGUACUCAGCAGCAAAGCUCUAGCUCCAGUCGCACUCCAUCUGUAGCACGGACUGAGGUCUCGGCAGACAGUGAAGACGAUAGUGACUCUGAUUCCGAUUAG